CACUUUGAGGAAUAAUAUUAUUAUCGCUCGGACUACGUUACUCAGGCUUAGGUCAUUGCAAAUAUUGCUAAUCCUAAUGUAGUUGCUCAUUUGGAAGUGUUAAUCUCGGUGCAUUCUGGCCACAGCUGUCUAGGUGUAAACACCGACCUGGUGUAUCAUCGUCAUCCUCCGUGCCCCGAGAUGGAUAAAAAUGUAUCUUGGAACUAUUGGAAGAAGCUACUACCAUUAAAUGCUGGUACAGCCUGUGAGGAUCCAAAGGUUACCAGUGCUUUGUUGAAGAAGUUAACUGAAGAUAAUAAUAUUGGUCCCCAUUCCCAUUUGUUAGAGACAGAAAAUUUUAAUUUCUCUCAAGAAAAUGCACCAGAUAAUGAGGAUUUUUCUAUGAACAGAAAUUCAGCAUCACACCCAGAGAGUGCUCUUAAUAAAUCUAGUCCAAUCAAGAUAAUGAGAGGUAAUGCUAAGAUACCAUGUUAUGAAAAUAUUCCAGAACCUGUGACUAAUUCUCCUUUGACACCAGAUCUUCAAAGUAACUCUUUCAGAAAAAGUGUUGCUUACCAAGCUAUAAAGUUUUUGAAUCUAAGUGGUGAUGGCAAUGAUGGACUUGAAACAAAAAAUUAUGGGAUUGCUUACCAUGCAGUCAAUCGACAAGACUGCAAUGCUUCUGCAGGAACAAUUAGUUACUCCCCCUCAGCAGAGCUUAGUAAAACGGCUUGCAGUGAUUAUAUCCCAGGUGAUGACUCUAAGCUACAGUCACAUCACAACUUUGUGAGAAAUUUUUGGGAUACAAGAAUAGCAUCGCCAGGUUUAGCAUACCCUAUUAAAACAACUAACAGUGAUGCCGAAGAGAGAAUCUGUCGGAAACCUGUCAGAACGUUGGAUAAUGGUCAUUCUUCCAGACCUUUUCCAACUACUCUCCCUGUCCAUCAUGAAAAUCAAGAGCUGCAGUCUUAUGUAACUGCUGGUGCUACAGUCUCUCCUGAAAUCCAUUACAAUGAGCAUUUUGACUUUGAUAUCUUGGAUGAUCAAGGGCCAAAAAAUUGUAACACAACUCCAACUCAAGAUAAUGAUGCACAGUUUCUUUCUCCAGAAUAUUUUUUACAGCAUUUGAAACCAAGGUCGUCUACAAACACACCGUUGGGUGAUCAGCCUCCCCAUAAAACUGAUAUAGUAACCUUGAUGCAGGAAUUAGCAUUGACAUAUGGAGGAAGAUUCUGUGAAGAAACAACAUCUGUAAAUGAUGUGCAAUAUGGCCUCAUGGCAAAUAGCUCUCAUGGUUAUUGCGUCUUCUGCAGAAAGAAUAAUGCUCACGCCACAUUCUACAGGUCUCAUACAUUAAAGGAAGGCAAAGAUCUGAAGUUUGUGCCAAAACUUUCUGAAGCUCAUGUAAAUCCAUCUCAUUUUGAGAAAAUGAAAGUAUCAAGUGCUUUAAAUUUCUUUAGCAAUUCGGUAAAAGCAGGACUUCAUUACUUGUUGAAUGUAAAGGAUACAGUAGAGACUUACAACAGCUUGGUUCAUUGGUCUGACAAAUAUGUGGUUUGGUUUAAUGUCAAGUAGACAUCCAAUCAUGGC